AUGGCGGGGCCUUGGUGCUCGACGCUGCUCCUGCUUUUGGGCCUAAGGCGGCUCGGCGUGGCCUUAGUGUAUUUCCAGGAGGAAUUCCUCGACGGAGAUGGUUGGAAGAAGAGAUGGUUGCAAUCCACCCACGACCCCAACUUUGGCAAGUUUAAACUGUCAGCAGGAAAGUUUUAUGGUGAUGCUAUGAGAGAUAGAGGUCUUCAAACCACUGAGAAUUCAAAAUUUUAUGCCAUCUCAUCACGGUUUAAACCAUUUAGUAAUAGAGGAAAGUCUCUGAUCAUUCAGUAUACAGUAAAACAUGAACAGAAGAUCGACUGUGGUGGGGGCUAUGUUAAGCUGUUUCCCUCAGAUGUGGAUCCAGAGAACUUGAGUGAAAACUCAUAUUAUUACAUUAUGUUUGGCCCUGAUAUUUGUGGAUUUGAGACAAGGAUCACUCAUGUUAUUUUAAGUAGCAGGAAUAAAUAUAUUUCAAACAAGAAAAGAAUCAGGUGUAAGGUUGAUGGGUUUACCCAUCUAUACACUCUGAUUUUAAGACGAGAUCAAACAUACAAAGUGAGAAUUGAUGCUAAAUUGGUUGCGAGUGGCAACAUAAAUGAUGACUGGGAUUUCUCGUCACUUGGUAAAAUCGAAAAUCCUUCAUCGAGGAAACGUGAAGAAUGUGCUGAGAGGACCCAUGCUGAAAAUCUGAGUGGUGUCUGUAAAGAACGUGACUUUUUUUUGGAUAUGAUUGGCCGAAAGACCAGUAUUGUUGAGUUACCUGGAAAAUCAAUGAUCCAGAAUCCUCUCUGCAAAAGUGAUUUGAAGCCAAAAAAUACUGAUGAUCAAAAUUAUAAAGAAGAUUGGCCCCAAUCAGAGAUGAAAAAUGAAGAACAUGUGACAGACUUUAAUAAUGCUGUAUACGAGAACAUUGGUGUCAUUGGAUUGGAGCUUUGGCAGGUGAGAUCGGGGACCAUCUUUGAUAACUUUUUGAUAACUGAUAGUGAAGAAUAUGCCAAAGAUUUUGGAGAGCAGACCUGGGGAAGAACAAAGGGCCUAGAAAGAGAAAUGGACAGCAUCCAAACUAAAGCAGAAUUAGAAAAAGCAAGGCAGGAAGAAGAUGAAUUCUUUAGGGGCCUGCAUAAAACAGGAUUUCGAAAGAAAAAUGAAAGAUGAGUUUUAAAUGUAUUGUUUGAAGACAAGCUUCCUCUUCUGUCUUAAUAUAUAGUUAGCAUUUUUUCGAAUCUACACGUUUACAGAUCUAAUUUAUGUGACAAAGAUUGUAAAAAAAAAAUCUGAUACACUUUGGUGAAGUCAGUAACAUUUUCUUU